AUAUCGACGAGGGAACGGGAAAGAACCACCAUGUGCUGCAAACCUUUCGAACCGUACUCUAUUUCUUCACCAGCUGGAAUUGGUGUCGUUACUAAAAUAAAUAUCGUCGUGGAACUCAGAUAUCCAAAUUCAACAUGCAUAUCCCUCGAACGGUAACGGCAGCGGCGGCGGCGGCGGCACCGCGGUUCGCUAUGUACUACGACCAGUGGCACACUGCCUCUCCCAGCAAAGAUGCCAUGGCCGGAGUAACACAUGUGAUCACCGCCUUCGCAAGCACAACGCUUUUCACGAGUGAUCCGCCCGGUACAUACACUCCUUUCACGGACGUAGCCACCCUCCGCAGCCAGUUCCCCGACGGAACCAAGGUCUGCAUGGCCAUCGGCGGAUGGGGCGACACUGCCGGAUACUCCGUUGGGCAGAAGGAUGAUACAUCCAGGAAGCUGUACGCGAAGAACAUUGCGUCGACUCUCGAUAGUCUGGGGUAUGACUGUGUUGACAUCGAUUGGGAAUACCCCGGAGGAAAUGGCGAGGACUAUAAGCAGAACCCGAAUUCCGGGAAGACCGACGAAAUCGCGAACUACGCCUUGCUCCUACAAGAGAUCAAGUCGGCGAUUGGCGACAAGGAGCUCUCCAUCGCCGUCCCCGGACUUGAGAGGGAUAUGAUUGCUUUCACUUCCGAGCAGGUCCCCAAGAUCAACGCCGCCGUCGACGUGGUCAACGUCAUGUCAUAUGAUCUGAUGAACAGACGCGACAACACGACCAAGCACCACACCUCCGUCAAAGGCUCGCUCGCCACCGUCGACAAGUACAUCUCGCUCGGCAUGGACGCGGCCAAGAUGAACCUCGGCUUCGCCUUCUACGCCAAGUACUUCACGACGCAGGGCGAGUGCACCCAGCCGAUCGGCUGCCCGACCGUCGAGCUCGAGGACGCGAGCGGCGCCGACACCGGCAAGUCCGGCGCCGUGACCUUCCAGGAGGUGCCGCCCGUGCUGUCCAGCGGCAAGGCCGACAUGGAAGAGGGCGGCCAGUGGUACUGGGACAGCGCGACGAGCUACUUCUGGACCUGGGACACGCCGGACUUCGUCGCCCAGAAGUUUGACCAGAUCGUCAAGGCUAGGGGGCUCGGCGGCGUUAGUAAGUCAUACUCAGUCCAAUCCUACCCUAUCCCUUAUUUGCUUUUGAUUAGAGUCAAGACUAGAAGUAGGUGAAAAAUAGUUGCUAACGACUUCGUUUCCCGCAGUGGCAUGGAGUUUGGGCGAGGACGACGCGA